UGGACGACCGUUUCCCGGCAUGGAUCCGAUUGGUGCUGCUGCAGAUGAGAAAACAAAUUCUGGGCUCUACAUGGUUUUCAACGAUCUUCGAAGAAUUAUUCCAGCGAAGCGGCACCGAGCUUUCAAAGGUCUAACUGCUAAACAAAUCCUCAAGACGCGCCAAGACUUCUUUAGUAUUACUAGAACUAGACCUGGACGCGACCCGUCCUUGUACUCCGGGGAAGCAGAUGCCCUAGAUGUUCACUCAGAAACUCGCGAUGACGAUCAGGAGGAGGCAGGUGGCGCAGCAGGAAACGAAG